GCGAUACUCUCUAUCGUGACGCACUGCAACGUGAUGCUGUCAUGCUACAUUCGACACUGUAGUAUACGAUGAGAGAUAUUCACGAUGAUUCAGUGAUUCAUAUGGCUCUCAAUUAAAUACAGAAGCUGUACUUAAAUACAGAUACUCGAACGAUUCGGAAGGAAAAACAAUCUUGACAAUUUUGUGACGAGAUUAUUACGAAAUUGUGUAUGUGUGUAUGUAUGUAUGACUGCUUGACGUGAAGAUUUUCAACAAUGCUUACGCUUAAUCGACACCGAUGAUUUCACUCAAAAUAAAAGAAUCCAAGAAUUUCAAGAAAUGUUAGAUAAAAUAUCUAAGUAACGAGGAAUAUAAGUAAAAAAUAUUAGACUAUAUUAACUAAUUAAGUCUCAGCGAUGGCAGCCAUUCGACAUACUCUGCAAAGGGAAAUUUUCACUCCCAGUGAUGAAAAGCUACUCAGCGUAUGCUAUGUCAGCAAAGCUUAUAAGAAAAAAAAGAUGAGUUUUCUAUGCUUGGCUACAACAACAGACACGCCAGGAUCUCUUAUACUGUAUCAAGUGAAGAAGAAUGACAAAAAUGUUUAUAAGAAAAAACAAUCAUGGUCUCUAAGUGAUAUACAAAUUGUAGAUGGUGUGAAAAAUGAUUCCAUGGAUAUAGAAUUGCAUAUUGAUAAAGUUUACAAAUGGUCAUCUACUACAGUACAAGAAAGACGAACGUUUAUUAGUAAUUUGUAUACUUAUUCGUGUAGUCUAGCUCAGAGGCCAGAGUUUAAAAAUAUUCCCAAGGAAUGGCUGAUUGAUCCAAUUGCAUUGAAGGAAAGCGACAGUAUCACAUUUACACCUGAUCUUUUGGCAUCACCUAUCAGUUCAGACUACCAACCUAUUACUGAAAAGGAGGCUACUGAUUUGAAGCAAAUGAUGGAUAAUUGUGAAUAUGCUGUUUCCAAUGCUGAGCUUUUUAUGGAAACUCUUUCAAAAGAUUUGUCUAUUCUUGAUGGGGAAAAUGUACAUUCAGUCUUAGCAUCAGAGCAAAGAGUAACUCAACUGAUGAACAGUAUAGAUGCAGCAAUAAUCGAAGCUUCUAUUGUAGAAGCGCGAUUAGCGGCAUACGAUGAAGCAUUAGGAAGAAUAAGAGAAGUUAUGGCUCGAGUCGGGCAAAAAAAUCAGGCUAUACAUACAGCGAAUAAUAAUGCGAGGCUUUUAUUGGAUAAGCUAAACUUAGUGAUUUCACAGUUAGAUAUUUCUGCAACGCAUCAACGUACUUUAAACGAAGCUGAGCUUCCAGGAGAACGAGAAGAACUUGGUCUUGCGGGUGCAGCACUCUUGAAAGCCAUUACAGCAUCUCUUCCACCAGGAUUGGACAAAUUGAGUGCUGUCACUGAACAAAAAAGGCGAUUGGACAAGCUCAAAGCAAAAUUCUCAGUCAUUGUUGCUAGACAUUUAAAUAAUCUUUUUAUACAUUUGGGUAAUGAUAUCGGAGAUACAUCGACUGCUAUGACAGAUUUAAUUUUACCAACUCAUCAAGGAGUUCAUAAUGAGCUUGUACCGUAUACUGAAUUGAUGCAGUUACUAAGAGCAUUAGACAAUAAAGCCUUUGUACAGUUAACCAAAGUCUAUACUGAUACUAUGAGUAAGUUAUACAAGAGGGAUCUGAAACGCUUUUUCGAGGAAGCUAAGAAUAAACUUAUCAGCAAACGUCUACAAGCAAAUACAUCGAAGUCUAGCGGUCAAAAAGGUGAAGACUUACUCAAUCCGGCACCCAUUUGUUUGCUGAGCGGCGAAAUAUGGAUUCCGGUAGAUGAAGGGAAUCUUUUAGAUUCAGUCCUCGAUUGCGUACUUUCACAGAUGCAGCCGGUGUGUCUUGCCGAACAAGGCUUCUGUGUUUCAUUUCUUCAAUUAGAUUCUGUUCUCUCGCCCUCCAAAAGCAGCGAGAUGGAAGAAGUGGAGAACGUAAGUAAUGGCGCGGCAAGUCCCGGAUCGGUAACUUCGACGACAAGUAAAAGAUUGGAACGUCAAGUGAACGAAGACGUUCGUGCAACAAUGGCUGCAAUAUUCCCGUCAUUGGAAACCGAAUUAAACAAUUUUAUUGGUUUCUUGGACAAAAUCGAUAGCUUUUGGUGCAUGUACGUAUUAGUACGUUUGUCACAGCACGUUAUGUCCGCUCAAGACACCGGUUCAUUUCUAUCGAUGACAUUCGCAUCCGCUCUAAUUCAUGUGAAAAGAGCAUUCGAUAAGUUCAUGCAAGCGCAGCUGCAAUCUAUAUUAUGUGAUACGAAGGUCAAUCGCCGACACAAAUGCGGUAUAUUGCCAUAUAUAGAGAAUUUUGGACCAUUUGCAAGAACCGCGGAGAAGAUUUUCCGCAAUUCUGAUAGGAAAGUUGAUCUUGAAAAAUGGUACACAAAACUCGUGAGUGCGAUGUUCGAGGCUAUCGUUAUUCACAGCCGAGAACAUCACAAAACGCCGCAAGAAGUCAUAAAAAUGGAAAAUUUUCAUCAUCUCUAUGACCUCCUUUCACAACUAAAAAUCUCGGUUUUGGAUCACGAACGGAAGGAAGCUAAACAAAAAUAUCAAGACGCUCUUCGUGCUUAUGUUACGCAAUAUUUUGGACGGCCUCUUGAAAAACUUAACCUUUUCUUCGAAGGUGUACAAGCCAAAGUAGGAGCCGGUGUGAAAGAAUCUGAAGUCAGUUAUCAGAUGGCCUUCAGUAAGCAAGAAUUGCGACGCGUACUGAAGGAAUAUCCAGCGAGAGAAGUUAAGAAAGGUCUUGAAAAUUUAUAUCGAAAAGUUGAGAAGCAUUUGUGCGAAGAGGAAAAUUUAUUACAAGUUGUAUGGCGUGAGAUGCAAAAUGAAUUUAUUGCGCAAUAUAGAAACAUUGAAGAAUUAAUCCAGCGCUGUUAUCCAGAUAGCAAUGUGACACUCGAAUUUACCAUACAAGAUAUUUUAGAAUUCUUCUCAGAAAUAGCGCGAUCUCAUUAAAUUAAAAAAUUGUGAUUGUGUAUUAUUGUACUAUUUGAUAUAGUUAUUAAUGUAUUUCAUUAUUACA